UCUUUCGGUGAGGAGGCAAUAAUAUAGACAAACUUUGUGACGGAAAGUUCCCGUGGACACUCAUGUUCUUCCUAACUAGCUGCCUGUGUCUUGGAACUUUACACAAGGCCAGCAAAAGUGGAUCCCCCCCUCCCCAUUCUUUGGACACUGUAAAGAUGAUUAUGACACCACUGGAAAAACAACUGGCCGCCUUCAAUAACAGAAGGGGUUGAGGACUGGAUGAAGCAUUCAGGCUUUGAGCAGGUGGUUUUUCAGUUUAAUUUACGAAUGGUUAAAUGUAUGGAUAUCUGGGCUGCCUUUGUUGCAUUCUUUGUGUAAGCAUUCCUAAGAAUAGUAUAUCUUGCUCUAUAUAAAAAUAUAGGAGUAUGUGGCAUCAGUGUAUUCACUAAGCCACUUUUUGCAUUUUACUUCUCUAUUUUUGUUUGGUUUUGAUUUUUGAAAGUCAUUAUAACAAACAGAAAAAUUAAAAGAUUUUCCCAGGUUACCCAGUGGGGAUUCAGACCAGGAUUUUCACCUCCUAUAAUCAGACACACCACACACCAAACCACUCUGGCUCUCUGGUACCAGAUUGCCCUGCUAACUCCCAGCCUUUCCACUAGAGGGCGACAUCUUGCACUGCUUCCUCGCAAGAUGGAGAAUCUUGCUGACAACUUCUCCUGCUAUGACCCGUCCAUUGUGGGCUACCGCUACGUGUCUGUGAGUUGGGGCAUCGUGGUGACGAUUGCCGGCACAAUUGGCAAUGUGCUGACCCUGGUGGCUUAUGCAACAGACAUCAAGCUGCAGACACGUGUCAACCUGCUGAUUGUCAACCUGACCCUGGCGGACGUGCUAUACUGCACCUUCCUACAGCCCUUCUCCGUGGAUUCCUAUCUGCAUCUUCACUGGCGGACGGGCGCCGAUUUUUGUCGGGUCUUCGGGAUGCUGCUUUUCGUCUCCAACUCCGUCUCUAUCUUGACUCUCUGCCUCAUUGCCAUCAGCCGCUACCUGCUGAUCGCCAACACGGCCCUCUUUGACCGCAUCUUCUCUCGCCUUGGGGUGAUACUCAUCACCCUGUCCACCUGGGUUGUUGGCGUGGCCAGUUUCGCGCCACUGUGGCCUGUCUACGUCUUGGUGCCCAAAGUCUGCACCUGCAGCUUCCACCGCAUCCGUGGCCGGCCCUACACCACCAUCCUCAUGGCCUUCUACUUUGUGGUGGGUCUCAGCUGCGUCGGGAUCUUUUACUUCCUCAUCCACCGCAAAGUCAAGAGCACUGCCCGCAACAUGGACCAAUACCGGCUGAAGAAGGCCAGCCUGAAGGGCACCCACGUGGCUGGGACCAACUUGGCUGUGCCAGGACACUACCACGAGCUGGACAGUGGGGUGGACAGUGCAGGGCCUUCCCAGCAUUCCUGUGAGGGACUCUCCUCUGAGUCAACAUCCAAGACCACUGUCCCCUCAGCUUCUUCUGAGAAUGGGGGGUCUCCUCAUGUGCCUCAAGCUGUGGCUCCGCCUAAGAAAGCCAGCCCAUACCAGUCCAAGGAUACCCACUCUGAAUUUCGCAGGGUGACCCGCAUGUGCUUUGUGGUCUUCCUCUUCUUCGUCAUCUGCUAUAUCCCUUUCCUGCUGGUCAACAUCUUCGAUGCCAAAAACCGGGCUCCCACUGUGGUGCACAUGAUCGCAGCCAACCUCACAUGGCUGAACAGCUGCAUCAACCCGGUGCUUUAUGCCGCCAUGAACCGGCAGUUCCGCGAGGCCUACAAAGGUGUGAUCUACAGCUUUGCAAAGAAAUACCACUGGUGCCCCUGAUUCCAGGGGAUUUCCAGUCUCCAUACAAGUAUUCACCUCUGACCCCCAGUUUGUCCUUCUGGCCAAGAUGCCACCACAGAGUUGCCUGGAUUUUCACACUGGUAAAGAUACAUGAAGACCUUAACUAGGCCUUUCAUGAGACUGGUGUUCUUUCCAUGCUGUGCUUGUUACCAUAUUCCAAAUUCUGCUGAGACCUGUGUGGACAAUGCAGCAAUCAGCUUGGACUGCUUGACUUGGCUUGGACUUAAUGAAGCUGCAGAAGCUUCCUUUUGUAGCCAGUGACGGAGGGGGCAUUUGGCCUUUGCAAGGUCCAGACAUGACAGCAAAUGGUGCUCCUUCACAAAGCUUCUUGCUAGGCAUGGACAUAAAGAUGCUUCCAGCUCUGCUCUUCGACUCUGACACACAAUAUAUUGUGCUCAGUUUUGUGAAUGCAUAUUUAUCACUUUGGUCUAGCAGUCUCCUGACUAAAUCAUGUACCUCUUGUCACUUUGACAUUUUGACAUUUGCAUAUUGCACAAUAAAAAUGCUCCUGAGCUGCCCAGAUAGCUUCAGCUAUAGGGUGGUAUAGAAAUAGAAUAUAAAUAAAUAGGCACCUUGUAACCUCCUUGACUGCAGGUGG